GUGGACAUUGCUUCCAUGGCACCAUUCAGUAUUGCAUAUGAGCUGCUAGUCACCAGGCUGGAGAACUUCCAACUUGAGACCAACAAAGCCUUUAACUUCACUGCCAGCCCUUCCCAGCCCCAGUAUUUUCUGUACAAGUUUCCUCAGGAUGUUGAUUCAGUCAUUAUUAAUGUGGUGUCUGAUGCAGCCUACCCAUGCUCUGUUGUCUCUGUCCAGGAUAUUGUGUGCCCAGUGUAUGACCUGGACCAUAAUGUGGAGUUCAAUGGAGUUUAUCAGUCUAUGACAAAGCAGGCAGCCAUAACAGUGCAGAGAAAAGAUUUCCCAGGUGAGCAGUUCUUCGUUGUGUUCGUCAUCAAGCCAGAGGAUUAUGCCUGUGGAGGUUCUGUGCCUUCUUCAAUUAAUGGGAAUGUCAACCGUACCUGGAACCUGCAGCGGACAAAGAACCUUCAAGUGACGAUUGUGCCCUCCAUUAAAAAAUCUGUUUAUGUCCAGGCCAUGUUCUUCAGCUUCUUGAGUUUCCUCUCAUUUUACCUUGGCUCAGUGGUUGUUGCUUUUGUGCACUACAUUAGGGUUCAGAGGAAAGCUUCAGCUGGGAGAUUGAGUCCUGAGCAUGGAUCUGGGAUGAUGACUUCUUCACACCCCAUCUCAGCCAGCACUCCUGAGGGAAGCAGCUAUGGUGCUAUUGAAGAGUCCAGCUCCAGCGGUGGACGUCAGCUGUCCUCCCCGGAAUGCAGGCCUCCAGCUGGUUCAGACACAGACAGCUCUGUGGAGGAGGAGAGUGACUUCGACACCAUGCCAGAAAUUGAGAGUGAUAAGAACAUCAUCCGCACUAAGGUAUUCCUCUAUCUAUCAGACUUGUCCAGGAAAGACCGAAGGAUUGUCAGCAAAAAAUACAAAAUCUAUUUCUGGAACAUCAUCACCAUUGCGGUGUUCUAUGCCCUGCCGGUCAUCCAGCUUGUCAUCACUUACCAGACGGUAGUGAAUGUGACAGGCAAUCAGGACAUCUGCUACUACAAUUUCCUGUGUGCUCAUCCCCUUGGGGUACUGAGUGCCUUCAACAACAUCCUCAGCAAUGUGGGCCACAUGAUGCUGGGCUUUCUCUUCCUCCUCAUUGUGUUGCGCAGGGACAUCCUCCACCGUCGGGCCAUGGAGAUGAAAGAUAUCUACACCCUGGACUAUGGGAUCCCAAAGCAUUUUGGUCUCUUUUAUGCUAUGGGCAUUGCCCUGAUGAUGGAAGGGGUGCUCAGUGCCUGUUACCACGUCUGCCCUAAUUACUCCAAUUUCCAGUUUGACACCUCCUUCAUGUACAUGAUUGCAGGACUCUGCAUGCUCAAACUCUACCAGACCCGGCAUCCAGACAUCAAUGCCAGCGCCUACUCUGCCUAUGCCUCGUUUGCUGUGGUGAUCUCACUGGCUGUCCUUGGAGUGGUGUUUGGGAAAAAUGACAUGUGGUUCUGGGUUAUUUUCUCAAUGAUCCACGUUUUGGCCUCACUAGCUCUCAGCACCCAGAUCUACUACAUGGGUCGCUUCAAGAUCGAUGGCCCUGACUCAGACGUGGGUAUAUUUCGGCGAGCAGUGAUGGUGCUGUACACAGACUGUAUCCAGCAGUGCAGCCGACCAAUGUACAUGGACAGGAUGGUACUGCUCAUUGUUGGGAACCUAGUCAACUGGUCCUUUGCUAUCUUUGGUCUGGUGUAUCGGCCUAGAGAUUUCGCCUCCUACAUACUGGGAAUCUUCAUUUGUAACCUGCUGCUGUAUCUGGCUUUCUACAUCAUCAUGAAGCUCCGCAGCUCUGAGAAGCUCCUGCCUAUCCCCAUGUUCUGCAUCGUGGCCACAGCAGUGAUGUGGGCAGCUGCCCUCUACUUCUUCUUCCAGACCCUCAGCAGCUGGGAGGAGACUCCAGCAGAGUCCCGGGAAAAGAACCGGCCAUGCAUCCUGCUGGGAUUCUUUGAUGACCACGAUGUCUGGCACUUCCUCUCUGCAGCUGCCUUGUUCUUCUCCUUUCUGGUCCUGCUGACUCUGGAUGAUGACCUGGAUACGGUGCGCAGGGACAAGAUCCCAGUGUUCUGA